UUUGUAAUAAUAAGUUUUGGUGUAUAUAUCUACUUUGUCUUAACAAUCAAGCUAAACAAUAAAUUCUACGAUGAUCAAGAUUGUUCCUAACUUAAGGGUCCAGCAGCCCCUUUGGCUUUAUGUGUUAUCUACAGUAUACGUAGAAUAGAAUGACUCUUGGUAUCUGUGGCAAACGCACACGCUGGCAGUUGAUUUCCACCUUGGCAUGCUGCAUUAUGUCGUUAACUCAUGGAAUAUCCCUGGGAUGGUUCUCGCCCACUCUGCCCAUCCUCGAAUCGGACCAGAGUCCAAUUGGCGACCCAGUUCAAAUACACGAGGUGAUGUGGAUCGGUUCCAUGCUUGCAGUUGGCUCAAUUCUUAGCAAUAUGAUUAUUUGGUUUCCGAUUGGAUUUUUUGGAAUAAAGAAGUGCAUGUAUUUCUUGGCCUUGCCCAAUAUGGUAAACUGGAUCCUAAUCUACGUAGCAAACAACUCGGCUUAUCUAUAUAUCGCUCGUGUUCUUUUGGGAGCAUCUGGUGGCAGUCUUGUCGUUUGCUUUCCCAUUUUCAUUGCGGAAAUUGCUGAUAAAAGCGUUCGUGGAACUUUAACGUCGUUCUUCAUGCUGACUCUUUGCGGCGGCAUAACAGUAGGAUUUUUGUUGGUUGUCCACACCUCCUAUCAUGUGCUGCCCUGCAUCGUCAUUGUCCUGCCCAUUCUCUAUGUGAUCCUCAUCAUUCCACUUCCCGAGCCUCCACAAGAUCUGCUGCGACGGGGCCACGACGAAAAGGCCGAGAAGUCGUACUACUUCUACAGGAACUUGACGAGCGACCCGACUAAGCAGAACGAAAACAAAGCGGAGUUUGACAGUUAUCGGGAAAGAGUUUUCAUCGGGGGCGUUAAGGAAAACAUUACUCGCCAGGAUUUCUUCAACAAGCAGUCGGUGAAGACGUUUGGGCUGAUCGUUGUGCUGCUGGUUUGCAACCAGAUGUCGGGCAGCUUUGCCAUCUUCAACUAUGCGUCGACCAUCUUCACCCAGCUCGGCAGCCGGAUGGAGCCGAACAUGUGUGGCAUUGUGAUGGGCCUGGUGCAGCUGGGUGGCCUCUUAACCGCCGUGCUCCUGGUGGACCGAGUGGGUCGCCGGUGGCUCCUGAUCCCGUCGCUGGCCGGAAUGGGUCUGAGUGAGCUGGGCGUGGGCCUGCUGAAGUCCUUUGCCUCGCCGCAUUUUCUCCACCACAAUGGCUGGAUCGGACUGACCCUGAUGUGCUUGGUGGCCUACUCGUCGUCCACGGGAAUAAUCGCCCUGACCUUCGUCAUCAUCGUUGAGCUGCUGCCAGCCAAGAUACGCGCCACUGGCACCUCCAUCAGCAUGUGCGGACUCAGUUGCUCGGUAUUCGCGGCGCUCAUGACCUAUCCCGUCAUGAUCGACAGGUACGGAAUUGAUGCCACAAUGUACAUGGCGGCGGCUUUCUGCCUUUUGGGAGUAGUAGUGAUGGGCCUAUUCUUGCCUGAGACCAAGGGAAGGAGUAUGACUAACUAAUUGGGAUGUAUAAUACGUAUCUCUACGUGAUUUCCACUACAAAAACGUUCGCCAUCCAAAGUUAAAGCUCUCAGUAGGCACACGACUGCCCAGCGGUUAGUUCCUAAUCCAAAAGCGGAUCACUUUUGGAAGUCC